AUGCAAAUCGCACAGCUGCCGGAAGUUGUUUUGUCACUCCUCGGCUCCUCACAGCGGCUCUGCGGGCUGAAGAUGGCGGACGGAGAAAACGUACUCGGCAGGCCCUGUUCAAGCUCGUCCGACAGAGACGGGCCCGCCGCGAAGAGGUCUAAAAUCGGCGCCGUCCCAGAUUACGGAUUCAUAGUCGGCGAGGCGGAGGACAUCUCAUGCGUGUCGGAGGCCACCGGGAGCCGGGGGACAGCAGUGAAUCCUGCGCAGCCAGAGGGGAGGGAGGCUGAGCCGGUGAUGGCGGUACAGCAGGCCCCGGCGGCACUAGGCGGAGACAAUGGACUCGGACCGCUGAGCUCGGAGCCUCGCACAACAGUCGUGAAACUGGACAAGAGCGCUGCGUUUAGGACAAGCAGCGAGGCUACAGAUUUUCUUCCCUCAAAUGGUCUUGGUGACAUCCCCGAUGGCGGAAACGAGGAAGAUGACAGAUCCUCACAUGCAAGCUCCAGUGACUGGACACCGCAGCCACAAAUAGGUUCCUACAGUUUCAUCCAGCAGCACAUCAUGAGAGAGACUGAUCCAAGGACCAUUUUGAAAGACUUGCUUCCAGAGACUGUACUCCCGCCCGAUUUAGAUGACAUGACACUAUGGCAGAUUAUUAUCAACAUCUCAGAACCACCCAAGAGAAAGAAGCGAAAAGAUAUUAAUACCCUAGAGGAUGUGGUCAGGCUAUUCCAUGAAAGUAAAAAGAUCAUUGUGCUUACUGGUGCUGGGGUGUCUGUAUCAUGUGGAAUACCAGACUUCCGCUCCAGAGAUGGUAUUUAUGCAAGGCUUGCUGUAGAUUUUCCUGAUCUUCCGGACCCUCAAGCUAUGUUUGAUAUUGAAUACUUUAGACGAGACCCAAGGCCCUUCUUCAAGUUUGCCAGGGAGAUCUACCCUGGACAGUUCCAGCCUUCACCUUGUCACAAAUUCAUAUCUAUGCUGGAUAAACAAGGGAAGCUGUUGCGGAAUUACACCCAGAACAUUGAUACGUUAGAACAAGUGGCUGGGGUUCAGAGGAUAAUCCAGUGUCAUGGGUCAUUUGCGACUGCUUCCUGUCUUGUCUGUAAACACAAAGUUGAUUGUGAGGCUGUGAGAGAAGACAUCUUUAACCAGGUUGUUCCUCGUUGUCCCCAAUGUCCAGAUAUCCCACUGGCAAUCAUGAAGCCUGAUAUUGUUUUCUUUGGAGAGAAUCUUCCAGAAAUGUUCCACAGAGCCAUGAAGCAGGACAAGGAUGAAGUAGACCUAUUGAUAGUCAUCGGCUCUUCCCUUAAAGUUCGACCAGUUGCUCUCAUUCCUAACUCCAUUCCACAUGAAGUGCCUCAGGUCCUGAUCAAUCGGGAGCAGCUUCCUCACCUCAACUUUGACGUCGAGCUUCUAGGGGACUGUGAUGUCAUUGUCAAUGAGCUCUGUCAUCGAUUAGGUGGAGACUUUGAGCAGCUGUGCUACAACACCUUAAGACUAAAUGAGAUCACAGAGAAACCGCCCCGGUUACUAUCUCCUGCAGAACAGCCACCAUGCGAGGCCUUGUCAGCUUCUGUUGAGGUUACCCAGGAUGAGCAGAAGCAGUACAACACAGACUCUGAAAUCAAGCUUUCAGAGGGGAAGGAAAGUCAGAAUGUCGCAGAGAGUCCUGUUGAAAAUGACGUAUCCUCAGAGCCUUGUGCAAAGGCUCAGUGUCCCGAUGAAGAGACGGCCGAGUCUUCAGACUCACCUACAGAGGACACAUCGAGAGAAGAGGCUGCUGAAGUAAAAAGCCAAAAUGCCAACCUUGAACUUCGUAGACGAUGUUGGAUGAGUCGAAUCAACAGAAGCCCAAUCAGCAAACGCCUUGACACUUGCCAGUACCUAUUUCAAGUACCAAAUCACUACAUCUUCCACGGGGCCGAAGUUUACUCCGAGUCUGAAGAUGAGACAUCUAGCUCCUGCGAAAGUGAGAGUGAAGACUCAUGCUGCAGCGUCGAUGGAAUGGAGGAGGACAGCGAAGCUGAAGAGCCAAGCGCGCUAGCAGCAGAUGGAGAUGCUUGCCUCAGAGACACUAUACCACACACGCUAGCCAACGAGGGUACAUCAAGUGUGCAGUCAGACAGUACUUCUGAAAAUAUUCAGAACACCACACACCUUUAAAUGUAAAGUACCCAGUCUACAAAGCACUAUUGUCUUUUUUAUCCCUUGCGUUUAUUUUUGAUUCAUGAACUUUAAUACCAAUUUUCAUAAAGUUGAGACUGAGUGACAACUUUGUGUGAAUAUGCAGCAAGUUCUUUUUUUUCUCAUUUAUCAUCAUGUGCCUAGUUUGGUCACAUGCAUUGUGUCUGGAAGCUUGUACAUGUAUACUUAUGAAAUAAGAUAUAGUAGUUUUGUUUUCUGUAUUUCUGACAUGUUUAUCUCAUUUUACAUUAUAAACUCUUAGAUGAUUCUUUCAUCCAUUAUACGUAAAAGCAACAGUGAAAUAAGCUUCAAAUCCUAGUUUGCCACCAUUACAAGCAACCAGAAUUAAGGAAUGCAGGGGUCAAUCUCAGUCCAGUGUGACACAAUCUGGAGUCUCAUGUGUUCCACGUUUGGUUCAUGUUAUCAAAAAUGUUAUAAGCCCCCUACUUAUUACAUAGUAGAUGGUAUGAGUUUCCGGCAUAAACAUGAGUGAUCUUCAGAUGGUUUAAUUGAAGGCAUUGAGUUAAACCAUCAUUGCUAAAGGCAUUCAACUAAAACACACCUGCAAUGGAAACUGCCCUUCCAUAAUGGUAAAUACUGAGAAAAAGGAACAGUAGUCUUCAUUCUAGACCAAAGAACACUUGAUUAACCCAUUGAAGUUGUCAUGAGCUUUGUGUGUUAAACCUGUCAUAUAAGUCUUGGAAAACUAUUGACAAGAUUUCCCUCUGAUGUGUGGCAGCUACUUUUUAUGGUCAAGCCUCUUAUUUUUAUACUCUAUUGUGAGACAUACUCAGCAGAGAGUAGAUGAUAGUUUUUAUCUGUAAAAAAUGUUAUACUGAGUUGUAAUAAGUCUUGGGACUAUAUUCAAUGGCUUACAUUGAAGAAAUGGCACUUUUUCCUCACAAAACAGGUUUAGUUGCUUGUGUCACUUUUGAUAGUGCAGGAAGGUAUACCAUUUCCUUUUAUUUUACAUAAGAGUUUGCUGCCUGUAAAAUUCAGUAUUGUUAGGUAGACAAUAUUUGAGCCAAUUUUGUGUUGGACAUGUCUACAACAUAAUUCAUAUGCCAUUUUAUUUAAGCAUAAUUUUGUUUACGGUUCAAGGGAAUGAGGAAUUUUUACGUUACUAUAGUUGUUCACUUUCCAGUGGGGUUUAUUAUAAGUAAAAGCCUCUUGAAACACUGACAUUGCAUUUUCAUUAUUUCGUUUACUUCAGUAAGGCUUUGCUUUGAGGCAACACUCCUGGCAUUUGAUUAUUAAGCCUGGUUUUCUCAGUGGUGUCAAGAAGAACUAUAUAGUAUUUCAGCAAGUGACCACUCCAUAGAAA